GGCAAUGUUGCUAUGCCUGUUGAGAAGUGUCAAGGUCACUCUGGAAACAGAAAUACCACAGGGGACAGUAGCAGUGGUCAACUCUGCAUGUUUCUUCAAUCUCCCACUAGAGCACGUCUUUCUGAAGGAAGCUAUGACAAAAUCAGACGACAGGAGCAGUCUCGGUUCAGUUUCUGCGAAGGAAAACUUUUUAAAAACCUGAAACAGGCUCAACAACAAGAACCAGACUCCACAACAGGAACCAGGAUCAACAACAAAAACCUAGCACAACAGGAACUGUGUCGAAUUGACACGUGUGUUGACACUUGGGAAAUCUCUGAUACGGAAUGUGACCGGCACUUGACCCCUGCUGGCGUCGCAAGAUAACCUGGACCGGUGAUGUCAUCUUUAGUUUGUUAUAUGGUGGCGUCGUACGGCACUCGUCACAUCCCACGAUCACAACACCAUUCACAGUGUUAAUAUCGUUUGUACGAAGGCUUAUCAGCUUAUGAUUACACCUGUACCUGUUCCUCUGGUGUCUGUUUGGCUAAAUAAAAUUCAUUUCUCUGAA